CAUUCAUUCUUCAUAUAUCGGUCCUAGCCUACCAUUUCAUUUCAUUUAAUUUCCUUUCGUCCCAACUUGUUCCUUCCAUUGUCUUAAUUUGCUGAACCCUUCUUUUCGUAGAAGAACAGCGAAGGAGUUGAGAAAAGAAGACAAUGUUGUUUCCCACUGUUAUUGAAACUGCCAAGAAGGUAUGGGCCACAUGGAACAUCAGAGGAUUCAUUAUUGUAAGCCUCUCGGUGCAGGUCUUCUUAAUUAUGUUAGCGCCAUUUAGAAAAUGGAGAAGUGGGAGACGGGGAAAAUGUCUCGACAUGUUGAUCUGGUCCGUUUACUUGCUUGCCGAUUGGGUUGCCACGUUUACAAUCGGAUUGAUCCUAAGCAAGCAAAUCAAAACCAAGUCUGAAAGUAGUGACAUCUACGUUUUCUGGGCACCCUUUCUCCUGUUGCACCUUGGUGGUCCUGACACCAUUACUUCUUUUGCUCUGGAAGAUAAUGAAUUUUGGGUUAGGCACUUGCUUGGUCUUGGAUUUCAAGUUGGUUCUACUGCCUAUGUCUUCGUUAAGUCCCUUCCAGAGAACAAGCUUUGGCUCCCAACCCUACUAGUGUCAAUGGCAGGAAUAAUCAAAUAUGCAGAAAGGAACCAUGCCUUUUAUCUUGCAAGCUUUGACCAUCUUGGAGAUGAUUGGUUGCCUAGUGAAUGGGGAGAUGAAAUUCCGGUCCCAGCAGAAUUCCAAAAGAUGGACAGCCCAGAAAUUUUUGAGCAAAGUCAGCAGGAGAUGCCAUUAUGGACUGCAGUUCACCUCUUUGGAACAAUCAAGAUGAUGAUUGUAGGCCCUCUUUUAUCUCCAGAUCAAAAUUUUGAGAUCAGAGAAACCUUUCUCCAAGUGAGAGAUUCAUCUCAAGUGCUGCAAAUAAUGGAAAUUGAGCUAAGCCUCUUGUAUGAGGUUCUUCACACCAAGUUGCCUGUGGUUGGUUGCUUGGUGGGAUACAUUUUCAGGCUCGUUACUAUGAGUUGCAUCCUGGGAGCCUUCUUGUUAUUCUCAUUAUUUAAGAAGUAUUAUAAGUUGGAGCAGUUUGAUAUGUGGCUAACCUACAGUUUGCUAAUCGGGGCCUUUGUGUUGGAUAUCAUAUCUAUUGUAUUACUCAUUUCUUCAGACUGGAUUUUGGCUGCUCACAUCCGGAGUAAGGAUUCGAGAUUCUUCGAGAAGCGUAGGUGGUCUAGAGCAGUUUCCCAAUUGAAUUUUAUUACUUGUUUUGUAAAGGAUAAUCGAAGUCUGUUGAAAGAAGUUGCUGAUUUUUUUCGCAUAAGGCGUUUGUUGGAAGUCAUAAAAGAAAUCCGAUGUCUAUCUUCUAAAGAUCUCGAAGUACGCUCAGAAUGGCCUUUCAUUUUUGAGGAAGUGAAAGAAUUGAAUGAGUUUUUGAAUCGUAAAAUGGCAGCCUCGUCUCAGACUGUACUAGACGCCAAGCAAGUUUGGUUAUAUAGUCUUGAACGAGUUCUUGCAGGCUUUACCAAUUCUAAUGAGCUCAUCAAGAUCGUCAAGGAGUUGAAUUACACGAAAAGUGUACUAACGUGGCAUAUAGCCACUGAAUUAUGUUUCCAAAGAGUAGACCAACCAUCUACAUCAGGGGAAUUUUGCAAGAUGCUCUCAGAUUACAUGUUUUACCUAUUAGUAAUGCAGCCAGCUACCAUGGCGGCUGUUUCAGUGAGUUGGAAAAAGGUGUUUGAAGAAACAUUGGCAGAGACCAUGUUAUUAGUAAGGAGUUCAAUCUCAAACGAAAGGGAGGUUAGCAGUAAAAUCCUUAACCUGAUUCCAAAUUUCAGAAAUCCAGAAAGGGAUAUAAAUAGAUCGGUGUUAUUUGCUGCAUCUGCGCUUGCCCAACAGCUGAUGGAGCCACCUGACGGUAUUCCGUGGGAGAAAAUGAGCAAAGUAUGGGUACAUUUAAUGUGUUUUGCAGCUAUGAAUUGCAGGCCACACGUCCAUGCACAGCAACCUAGUAAGGGCGGCGAACUUCUCACAUUCGUUUGGUUGCUCAUGAAUCAUUUGGGUAUCGGGACUCACUUUUCAAGCCAUUAGUGAUGCUAGAUAGUGAAUUUGAUGAAACCUGCUUUCAGAUAAUUAUAUAUACUUUGAUUCCUUCGUGUAUUUUCUUUGUUAUGUUUCUUUGUAUGACUACUUGUUGCUAAUAAGUGAUGAUGGUCUUAUGUGAUCAGUAUAUUUUGUACUAACUAAAGUUGAAGUUCAACA